UUUUAAUGAGUAAGUUUUUGGGGUUUUGUUUUUAUUUAUUUAUUUAUUCCAUAUAUGUGGGUACACUGUCACUGUCUUUUGAUAGACCAGAGAUUCCAUUACAGAUGGUUGUGAACCACCAUGUGGUUGCUGGGAAUUGAACUCAAGUCCUUAGCAAGAGUAGUCAGUGCUCCUAACCACUGAGCCAUCUCUCCAGCCCGAGAAUGGUAAUUCUAAAUAGGACGCUUGAGUAGAGUGCACGCACCACUGGGCAACUUGUCCAGCAAACACCUGUCUUCAACAGAGAGCCGUAAUACUGGGGUCGUUUGUACUAACGUCUAGUCAGACAUAACCGUGAGUGCUGAAGCCCAGAGUUCUGUACCUUGAUGUGAUAGUGUUGCGACCACGAGACAUGGAUGCUGGUGCCAGAAGGCAUAUCAGUCAGGCAGGAACUGAAAAGCACAUUUUCUUAGAUGCGAUUACUUACUUAGUUACUGUGGAAUCCGAAGAACUCUACCUACCAGCUAUCAGUUCCUGCUGGGUUGCUUUAUAACCCUACCCCUAUUUCCAGAAACUUGGGAGGCUUCUCCUAAGCUCUCUUGCAGGAGUCUAAGGUGAGCAAUCCAGAUAUUUCACAGUUGACCUCAUCUUUGCCUGCUCUGACCCCAAAGUAGAAAAGCCCGGGGCACCUUCCCAGGACUGCAUGGGACCAAGUCUCAACGUUUAAUUUCUACCCCUUUUUUCUUGACAUUUAUUUAGUUUGUGUUUCCUUGAGUGUACAUGGUCAGAAGACAAAGUUCGAAGUUGGUUUUUGCCUUCCAUCAUGUGGGUCUCCCACAUCGAACUCAGGUCGUCAAGGGCCAGCUAGCUGGGUCGUCUUACCUGUUCUCAGGUUUUGUUUGUUUGUUUGUUUUUGUCUUGUUUUGUUUUUGUUUUUGGAGCAGGGGGUGACUCGCUGCAAAGAAACCAUUUACACCUAAAUCUAAGGUUAGCCCCGGUACAACUUGAAGCCGACAGCUAUCUUUUCUGUACCGUUUUCUUCUGAUUCCUCUUCUUUCCUUUUUCUUUUCCGUUGUUCUGUUUUUAGGACCUCGCUCUAUAAUCAUAUUGGCCUGGAAAUAACUCAGGUUACCCUCGAACUUGCUGCGAUCCUCCUGCCUCCGCCAUCCAUGAGACCGCAGACGUGAGCGAACAGGUCGGGUUUCCCCUUUAUCUCCUGCCGGCGCCUAUUUCUGCGCGUACACCAACAUCCCAGAAUAAUAUCCUUUGAAAUGUCUGUUUUUGUGGGGAGGAAGGAACUCCGAUAGUUUGGGAAAUUCGUCCUUCCAAACAGAGCUCUAUCGGUCCCCCAGCGAGCCCGGAAAGGCUUCCGGGCAGGUUAAAUUGGGCGGGACUUCCGGUCCGGCCCGAGCAGGCGCGGAAUACUUCUUCCGCUCUCUUCCACGGGCUUCUGGAGCGCCGUAGCCAUGUCUUAUCCGGCUGAUGACUACGAGUCUGAGACUGCUUAUGAUCCCUAUGCCUACCCGGGCGACUAUGAUAUGCAUACAGGAGAUCCGAAGCAGGACCUUGCCUAUGAGCGACAGUAUGAACAGCAGACUUACCAGGUGAUUCCUGAAGUGAUCAAAAACUUCAUUCAGUACUUCCACAAGACUGUCUCGGAUUUGAUUGACCAGAAAGUGUAUGAGCUUCAGGCCAGUCGCGUCUCCAGUGAUGUCAUUGACCAGAAGGUGUAUGAGAUCCAGGACAUUUAUGAGAACAGCUGGACCAAGCUAACUGAGAGAUUCUUCAAGAAUACACCGUGGCCUGAGGCAGAAGCAAUUGCACCCCAAGUUGGCAACGAUGCUGUCUUCCUAAUUUUGUACAAAGAAUUGUACUACAGACAUAUCUACGCCAAAGUCAGUGGGGGACCCUCCUUGGAACAGAGGUUCGAAUCCUAUUAUAACUACUGCAAUCUCUUCAACUACAUCCUCAACGCUGAUGGACCUGCUCCCCUUGAACUCCCCAACCAGUGGCUCUGGGACAUCAUCGAUGAGUUCAUCUACCAGUUCCAGUCAUUCAGUCAGUAUCGCUGCAAGACGGCCAAGAAGUCAGAGGAAGAGAUCGACUUCCUGAGAUCCAACCCUAAGAUCUGGAACGUGCACAGCGUCCUCAACGUGCUGCAUUCUCUGGUGGACAAAUCCAACAUCAACCGGCAGCUGGAGGUGUACACCAGUGGAGGUGACCCCGAAAGUGUGGCUGGGGAAUAUGGACGACACUCCCUCUACAAGAUGCUUGGCUACUUCAGCCUGGUGGGGCUUCUGCGCCUACAUUCUCUACUGGGGGAUUACUACCAGGCUAUCAAGGUGCUGGAGAAUAUUGAGCUAAACAAGAAAAGCAUGUAUUCCCGUGUGCCUGAGUGCCAGGUCACCACCUACUAUUAUGUUGGUUUUGCAUAUUUAAUGAUGCGUCGAUACCAGGAUGCUAUCCGCGUCUUUGCCAACAUCCUCCUGUACAUCCAGAGGACCAAGAGUAUGUUCCAGAGGACCACAUACAAGUAUGAAAUGAUUAACAAGCAGAAUGAGCAGAUGCAUGCUCUGUUGGCCAUUGCUCUCACCAUGUACCCCAUGAGGAUUGAUGAGAGCAUACACCUCCAGCUGCGGGAGAAAUAUGGCGACAAGAUGCUGCGCAUGCAGAAGGGCGACCCCCAGGUCUAUGAGGAACUUUUCAGCUAUGCCUGCCCCAAGUUCCUGUCGCCUGUGGUGCCUAACUACGACAACGUGCAUCCUAACUACCACAAAGAGCCCUUCCUGCAGCAGCUGAAGGUGUUUUCUGAUGAAGUGCAGCAGCAGGCCCAGCUCUCCACCAUCCGCAGCUUCCUCAAGCUCUACACCACCAUGCCUGUGGCCAAGCUGGCUGGCUUCCUGGACCUCACAGAGCAGGAGUUCCGCAUCCAACUGCUUGUCUUCAAGCACAAGAUGAAGAACCUGGUGUGGACCAGUGGCAUUUCUGCCCUAGAUGGCGAAUUCCAGUCGGCCUCGGAGGUGGACUUCUACAUUGAUAAGGACAUGAUCCACAUCGCAGACACCAAAGUUGCCCGACGCUAUGGGGAUUUCUUCAUCCGGCAGAUCCACAAGUUUGAAGAGCUUAAUCGAACCCUGAAGAAGAUGGGACAGAGGCCCUGAAGAUGCUCAUACACAAGUCAAGAACCUAUUUUGAUAUUAUAGAUGGGAAGUAUUCUUGUCACCAAGAAGCCUUACCUAAGUCAGCCAGCAGCUGAAUUGAAACUUGUUCAAAUCAAGGACUGGAUGUUUUAAGACGCUCUCAGUAAAGGGUCUCUGUCGGA